UGUGUUCUAAUACAAUCUGACUUCCUUUUCUUACACUGUGGUAUUCUUCUCACCAGAAUAAAGUGCCAGCAAUUGAAGAGUGGGGCAAGAACGGGAGGAAGAGAAGAGGGAGGAGGACGUGUGUGUGCUUGUGUAUGUCCUGGGUAAAGGGGAGGGGGUGUUGUAUGUGUGUGUGCAUGGGUUGAUAGGAAACACUCCCAGAGAUGGCCCAGUAUUUCUCUGUUUGCCCCACACUUGUGCCCUCAUUCCCACAGCUCUAGGAGAGCGUGUCACCAGCUUCACAGCAGCAAGACAGACUUACCAUCACCACAGACCCACUACCCAGCCGGCACCAGCGGGCCAGAACCCCAAGUACCCCGGAGGAGCAGGAUAAGGACUUUCUUCCACAUCCUCAGGAAACGACAGCAGGACCUGCUCUCAUACACAUUCAUCUGUUUGAUCGAGACGGCAGUAGGACAGAGGCAAUCCGAGGGAGCGGAAGUGUAGACAGUGAGGAACCAUGGGGGACUGGAGUCUCCUUGGAAACUUCCUUGAGGAGGUGCAGGAGCACUCUACCUCAGUGGGGAAGGUGUGGCUCACUAUCCUUUUCAUCUUCCGCAUCCUGGUCCUGGGUACAGCAGCCGAGUCGUCUUGGGGCGAUGAGCAGUCUGACUUCAUGUGCGACACCCAGCAGCCCGGUUGCACCAAUGUCUGCUAUGACCGUGCCUUCCCCAUCGCCCACAUCCGAUAUUGGGUGCUGCAGAUCGUCUUUGUCUCCACACCCUCACUUAUCUACAUGGGCCAUGCCAUGCACACUGUGCGCAUGGAGGAGAAACGCAGGCGGCAGAAGCAGGAGGAGCGUGAGGCAGAUGAGGGAAGAGGGGAACCAGGAAGUGGCGAGAAGGACUACCUGGAGCAGAAGGAGAAGUCUUCUGAAACACCAAACAAGAUUCGCUUAAAAGGCGCGCUGCUUCGGACUUACAUACUGAGCAUCCUGAUCCGCUUGGUCAUGGAAGUGGUCUUCACUGUGAUCCAGUAUAUGAUAUAUGGCAUCUUUUUGGAGUCGUUGUACCACUGCAAUACAUUACCAUGUCCCAACCCAGUCAACUGCUACAUGUCACGGCCUACAGAGAAGAAUGUCUUCAUUGUGUUCAUGUUGGUCGUGGCAGCCGUGUCCCUAUUCCUCAGUGUUGUGGAGCUUUAUCACCUCGGCUGGAAGCAGUGCAAGAGUUGUUUCCGUAAGUAUGUUGAGAGCCGCACCACUAUCGGCAACAAUGAGACCAACAUCAAAAGCGGCAAAGCUGUUUCUGCAGCCAUGCCAACUAACUUUCCAGACAGCUCCCAGUCACAUCCUGCCAACAACUGCACCCCACCUCCAGAUUUUAACCAGUGCUUAGCAUCAGGAAGAGGACCACCAUCACCUGGACAUGUUCAUCACCAUGUUCAUUCCAUCCACUCGGGUUACCAACCCUUCACCAAUCACUUAGCCCACCAGCAGAACUCGGUCAACCUGGCCACUGAGAGGCACUGCCAGCGCAGCCAUGAUGACCUGGAGGCAGGGGAGGAUUUCUUGAGGAUGAGCUAUGACCAUCGACCAGCCCUUGUGGCUUGUGUAAACAGCCCUGCUGAAGUGCUACCGAGUGCUCCUUCCACACCAACGUCCAAUAGCAGCUUCAACAGAGACAAACGCUGCUUCAGUAGGACCAGUGGCUCCAGUAGCAGCAAAACACGGCCAGACCUAGCAGUAUGAUCGGGGUGUUGCCAGAUACAAGUGUUUUGUGGUGAAUGAGGAUUGUGCGAAUACAAUAUGGCCAAAAGUAUGUAGACACCUGAUCAUCACACCCAUAUGUAGGUCUUCCCCAAACUGUUGCCACAAACUUGGAAGCAGACAUUUGUCUAGAAUGCCUUUGUAUGCUGUAGCAUUAUGAUUUACCUGGAACUACAACCUGUUCCAUCAUGACAAUGCUCCUGUGCACGAAACGAGAUCCAUGAAGGCAUUGUUGGCCGAGGUUGGAGUGGAAGACUCCAAGUGUCCUGCACAGAGACCUGACCUCUACCCCACUGAAAACCUUUGUGAUGAAUUGGACCACUGACUGAACCCCAGGCCUUCAAGCCCAACCUCAGUUCCUGACCUCACUAACGCUCUCGUGGCUGAACGAACACAAAUCCCCACAGCAACAGUCUAAAAUCCAGUGGAACGUAUUCACAGAAGAAUGGAUGUUAUUAUAACAGCAAAGGGGAACUACAUCUAGAAUGGAUUGUUCAACAAGCACAUAUAGGUGUGACUGUCAGGUGUCUGCAUACUUUUGGCCAUACAGUGUAAGUGUAAGUGUGUGCACAUUCUAAAAAUUGCUGGGCUAAAAAUAACCCAAUUGGAAAACCAGCGCUGUAACCAAGUACAGUAAGGUUGGGUUGUUAACCCAGCAUGCCAAUUUAAUCCUAACUUUGAUAAGAUUUCAUUCGUCCUGAUGGGAAAUUAGGGUAAAAAUAACUACAUUACUGGGCUGUGUACACCGAAUUUUUACUUCAACACUGAAACCGGAUUUCUGAGUCAUUUAAUGACUUCUCUGGUCGUUUAAAUUAUAUUUCAGUGAACAAUAUUAAAUCAUAUCCAUAAACAUUUUGAAAUACUGAAUCAUGAACAUCAAAUUAUAUAUGGAUUAUACAAAUAAUCAUUUUUAAAGGUCCAACUAAAUGAGAAAUGAUGUUAAAUGUAAACAUUUCUUGCCGCUGCGACCGAUUUCUUUUACUUACGUUGUUUUUUCCGUUUUUUUCGCUGCACUCAACAGGCGCAACUGAAAAUUCUAGAAAAUGAAUCUUGAUGCUCUGUGCCUGUUCUCUUUCAGGUCCUCAUCCACAACCUAGUAUGCUAGAUUGCUAGAUCAUCAACCCAUUGACAAUCCUAACCCCCCCCCCCCCCCCCCCCCCCCCAAAAAAAAAAAAAAAAAAAAAUGGAAGUAUAACCCAGCAUUUUUUGGGGUGCAUGUGUCUGAGAUUCUUUGUUAGUACUAGCGAUGACAAGAGAUUUUUAGAUAGCGAGCACCUUAAAAGGCCGUUAGGAUUAGACGACAAUAAGACAGAUAGACAUCAGGAAAGAGAGAGAAUCUGUAUCAGAGCACCUUAUUUGGUUUCACUGAAACUGCUGUAUAGUAUUCGAAGUGGGAAUAUGACCGAGUAAUUUAAAAGCUUCAGAGGGUUUGCUGUGUUGGGGAAAGUAAACUUUACUAUGGAUGGAUUUGUAAUUUGCACGUAACACUGAAAGUAAAUAUGAAAAGAAUCAUUUAAAAAAUGCAAUAGCUUUAUUUUCCCAGAAUGCAUCAUCUUCUGUGAAAACCGAGAGAUUUAACUGCGUCAUUAUCAUUCUGAUCACAUUAAGCCAAAAUCAGUGUUUUAUAUCGACACAUAAGUCAAGCAAUCUGUGAAUUUAUGCACCAAAGAGCUCCAUCCCAAGAAGCCAAACUGACACUUCAAUCAGGUCAAGACUGUGAAAAAGGACCUCAAACCCUUGUGUAUGAGUGUCAAGUACUGAUAUAGGAUAAUGGAGUGUUGUGUUACUGUGAAUGUCAACGAGACACACUUUUUCAAGGAGAUGACGUUCGCCUAGCUCAGGUGCCUCCUGCUUGGUUGGAAUGAAAACCCGCAGCCACACCGGCCCUUUCCGGAUAAGAUUGCCCACCCCUGGCCUAGCUCGUACGACGGGUACGUUACCUGUUAACGUCAUGCAAACAGUGUGCGUUGCAUGACAAACUUGUGCAACAAUCAACUCGAAGCAAAUCAUCGACGCGUGCUCGGGCGCAGGUGUUCUCGAACUCUGCGUUUCCCGCGACAAUACUUGUGCCUUAACUGAACAGUAUAAUCAUUAAUAAUCCAGUGUGCGUAUUAGAUUUCAGAUCAGAUUUUAGUGUGCAAUAUUCAAGAUGAUAAAGAAAGCGCAUGAAGCUUCAUACGCAGUACAUCCUUCACAAGAGGUUUGACAGACGGAAAACCGUACUCGGGUCUGUCUUAAUAAAUAACGUUCGUUGUGAUUGAUCAAGUGACACUUAAGAGAGUGAAAGUAAUGAGAUGUUCGUCAAUCUGACAAAUAGUUAAAAAAUAAUAAUAAUAAUCCUGGAAGCAUUACAUCCAAGGGUCAAAGGCUACAGCUUCUCUCUGCAUUUUAGUCGAUUAGAAAUGUUAUCGGAAACCAGGGUUUAAGAUCAUUUUAAACACGUUUAAGUAUGUGUAAAAGGCUAAAUUUAUGUAUACACAACUGUGAUUUCAGCCUUAUGUAAACCCAGAUUGGGAAUGUCCAUGUAAUAUGCCACAGUGAACACUACUGCAGUGCAGUCCAGAAUAUAACACAUUGUUGUUUUUGUGUUUUUGUGGGGUUUUUUUUUUUUGUUCAUUCAUGUGAAACAUGGUGUGAGUGGCAGUUUACUGGUGAAUUAUGUACAUAAAUCUAUAAUCGUCAUUGCUUUGCUUUUCAGAUGACACAAUAUUUCGGAUUAUUUAAUCAUUCAACACAUAUCCUCACUCACUGUGAUCUUCCUUUCUCUUUAAAUAAAGGUUGUGUUUCAGUCUACAAUAAAAACACUUCUGUCGCUUGGAUUCUAGGUCACGUGGAUUUAUUUUUACAGAAAUGGUGGCAAUUAGUAUAAUUAAAAUGACGAAUAUCUAGAUGCCUUGUUAGCAUAGCGGACCGAAAAGACACAGAAAUGGAACUUUAUUGUGUAAUUUAACCAUAGGAACAAGCAAUGAGUUCAGCUUGCAUUCUUGCUUGUAUUUGCAUUGAGCAGGAACUCUAGGCAUCUUUCUCCUGGUGUUUUUCAGAGUCAGUAGAAAGGUCUCUUUAGUGUCCUAACUUAUUGUAACUGUGACCUUAAUCGCCUAGCGCCUGUAAACUGUUUGUGUCUUAAGGACUGUCCCACAGGUGCGUGUGCAAUAAUUGUUUACGGUUCAUUGAAGAAGCAUGAAAAACAUUGUUUAAACCCUUUCCAAUAAAGAUCUGUAAAGCUUA